UCCUGACGCAACCGUAGGCACCAUCAGAGAGCCCAGUGAUAAUCCAGUGGAAAUAAACACCCACGCAUCUGGCGGAAGCCUCAGAAAUAACAGCAUCACUAAUCUGCUCCAUCCAGAAAAGUCCCAGGAGGAAAAUAAAUAAAUCAAUAAUAAUAAAAAUCCGACCCAGUUUCGUUUGCAAUGGGUGGUUCCGGACGUGGUCAGUGACAUCAGCCUGAUCUCAGCCUCUGUGGUCCCCACUUGCCCUCAGCAGCCUCCUGACAGGAUUCCAGAUGUUGCGAGACAGCUCUAAGGCAUGGAGCAACGGCUCAGAGGCCUACAGCAGCGACCCCGAGGAGGAUGAGGAGGAGGAAGAGGAGGACAUGGUGUUUGGGGAGAGCGACCAGGAUGCCAUGGCGGAGGAGAUGAUGGACCUAAGUGACCUGCCAACAGCGCUGUUUGCGUGCAGCGUGCAUGAAGCCGUGUUCGAACAGGAAGUGCACAGGGAGAGGUUUGAAGCCUUGUUUAGGAUCUACGAUGAGCAGGUGACUUUCCAGAUGUUCAAGAGCUUCAGGAGAGUCCGGAUCAACUUCAGCACUCCCGAGGCGGCCGCUCGAGCCCGCAUCGAGCUGCACGAGUCAGAGUUCAACGGCAAGAAGUUAAAACUCUACUUUGCCCAAAUCCAGAACGGCGAUGAGGACAUUGACAAGUCGUACCUGGCGCCUCCCCAGCCCGUCAAACAGUUUCUGAUCUCACCACCUGCCUCGCCGCCCGUGGGCUGGAGCCAGAGCGAAGACGCUACGCCCGUCAUCAACUACGACCUGCUGUGUGCCGUAGCUAAGCUAGGACCGGGGGAAAAAUACGAGCUCCACGCGGGGACGGAGUCUACCCCCAGUGUGGUGGUGCACGUGUGUGAGAGCGAGACGGAGGAGGACGAGGCGGUUCGGCCAAAGCAGCAGAUCGUCCAGACCAGACGUCCCGACGGCGCCCCUAAGGUUUUCAACUAAAGAAGACCCCUUUCGUCCACAGGAGGCCGGCGCGGCCCCCUCGACCGCCCUUUAAACUCGCGACACACCUGCCCUCUCUCUCUCGUCUCUGCACUCACAGAGAGCGUCGAUGCGCCUCAUUUCAGUUUAACUCCAAAGCAAAAACAACAAACAUUUGCUUGAAGACAGUGUUUGUGGGGAGCGCGGCGAUGGAAUGAGGCAGCUUGAAGGGAAUGGAUGAGAAUCACACAUACACACUCAUCACAUUCUGCGGACAGCGUGGGGAGCAGCGGGCAUGCUCGCCUCCAAACCCACCGACCCCGCCCCUCCCUCCUUCUGGUUUUCAGCAAGAGGGGCCAAAAUACCUGUCCCAACACAGGCACAACUGUAUCACACACCCAGCUCUCAUUAGUGGUCACAUGCUUGCUCGUCCGUUAGCGUGUUAGCCUCACCCUUCACAUCACAGUCAUAUGUACAGUCAUUGUUGGCUGAGAACAUGAAACACCUCAACAACCAAGCAUUUUUUUAUAAUCAAUUGUGUGUUGACUAUAUAUAUAUAUAUA